AUGGCUGAAAGUUCGGCGCUGUCGUCAAGUAGCAACCAGCGUGAAUCAAGAGGCAUUGUGCCAGGGACAUGCCUCAACUGUCGCCGUCAGAAGCAGCGUUGUGACAGACUCAUUCCCCAGUGCUCUCGGUGCUCGACGAAGGCGGUUCGAUGUGUAUAUCCGUCAAAGAGUGAUACCGCCAUUCGCGGACUGGUGUUGAUAUCAAGUACAAGUCAUAUGUUAACGCCCUGCUCUGGGCUUUGCAAGUUCCAUCUGUCUCCUCUUGGAGAACGCGAAUUGCUCUGGGCAGCCUGUUCGAAGAAUAGCCCACAAAGGGAGGACAUUCUCACUCAACCAUCUCUAUCUCGUCUCGUGAGAGACAUUUUCCAUCAGGGGGGCAUCACCGCAACGAACGUGGCGACGAAGUACUUUGACCUUGCCUACCACUGGUUGCCCACUCUGAAUAGAGAUGCAAUUUACGACGAAGCAGAAAGCUUUCACCUAAAGGAGUGGGCUGAUCACGACGCAUUUGCUCUCCUCCUUCUCUGCAUGCAUCUCUUUGCGGAUAGUCCGUGUGAAGACCAGACUCAACUGACACCGAACGCACUUUACCGCACCUCACGGCAGUUGUUUGCCAUUCUUCACUCCAACGCCGGAAUAUCCGCAUAUAAGUUACUGCAGUGCGGUAUUAUCCUGACGACAUAUGCAUGUGGCCAUGGUCUAAGCAAAGAGGCAUAUGAGACGCUGACGAUCUGCAUUGGGGUCAUCCGCGGCCUCAGCAUCGACGGGUACAAGGAGACAAAUACACACAAGAGAGAAGACACCGACAGUCACGAUCAGCUAGAGUUAGAUUGCUGCUGGAGUGGGAUCGUUCUACUUGACAGAACCAUUGCUCUCUCCAGCGUCGACCACGGUCUUCCAUACUUGGUAGAGGCUCACCACCUUCCGUCCAGCUCUGCCAUCUUUCGGGUAUCAAAAUCCGACCUCUAUGGACGUGAUGCUGUCCGCAACCUGUUGGCGCGGGCAGAGUACGCCAUCCGCCUCGAGAUAUACCAGCACAUCAGCGACUACAUCUGUACGACUCAUGGAGGCAACUUUCCUCUCUGUGGAACAGUUGCCAUGUCCCUCAGCGCCUUAAUCAUGUUGUAUCGCAGGCAAAAUUACUACAAGACAUCGGCCAACAACCCGAAAAGCAUCUUGGCGUUUCAAUGCGCACACAACAUGAUCAUGGAGACAUGCCGCGCUGAGGCCGACUGGGUCCAGAGACACGGCUGGCUCAACAACAGCAGGCCGUGCUUCCUCGGACUGUGCUGUCUGUACGGUGCAGCCGUUCGCCUGAACGAGCUAUCUCUGCAUGGGCUAUCGGCAGAAGAUAUGUGGACUCUGAGGAGCUCUCUGCUCGGAUUCUCAGCUCGCUGGAAGCUUGGAGGUACGGCCUUUUUCGAAUCCUUCUAUCGUGUUGGUCAACAAUCUGAAAAUUCGGAUAGAGAAUUCUCUUCGGCAUCUCAAAUCGAGUUCGUGAACAUGCAUCACUUUCAGUCAGCUUUGAUCUCGCCGUACGCUCGCCCGGAUCGAGGCACUUCCUGCAUCGUGUCCCAACGCCGGCCAUGUUGA